ACGUUAAAGACACUUGUACAUGAGGUUCCCCGCCCUGCUUAGUACAGCUUGAAGAGGAUCUGAGCAAAGACAUGCAGGCAAUAACAGAGCUGUGAAUGCUCUCUCAUGGCUCCAAAAUACGCUCCCAGUCUUCGAGCCCGGCUUCCACCUGUGGCUCUUCUUCUGCAAAUCGCCUUUAUUGUCAUAUUCACCUUUUUUGUGGAAAUAGGGGACUAUGAGAAGAAAAAGGCAGAAGAAUUCAUUUUUUCAUAUGCAAAGUUCCAGGAUAUCCAUGUGAUGGUGUUUCUGGGUUUUGGCUUCUUGGCGACGUUCCUGACGCGCUAUGGUUUCAGCAGCUCGGGCUUCAGCAUGCUGGUUGCUGCCCUGGCCGUGCAGUGGGCCACCAUCCUAAACGGCUUCCUGCUGUUUCGCAGUUUCAACUGGAAGAUCCGAAUCCAGUUAAAAAGUCUGGUAGACGCUGAGCUGUGUGCAGCUUCGACUCUCGUGGCUAUGGGUGCCAUCUAUGGAAAAACCAACCCGGUCCAACUUCUGGUGUUCGCUCUGAUAGAGGUUACGGGGUUUGUGCUAAACCAGUGGCUCAUACAAACAAUGCUCCAGACACGGACACAUUGGCUGUACAGCAUCGUACUCAUCAACAUCUUCGGAGCUCUCUUUGGUGUGAUGACAUCACGCUUUCUUUUCCAUAGCGAGAUGCAGCUGAAGCACGAGAAAGAGAAGGUCAGCAGGAUGACGGGCGUCUUUGCCAUGUUUGGGACUUUGUUCCUGUGGAUGUUCUGGCCCAGUUUUAACUCAGUGGUGGAGCAGAACACUGAUGUGAUGUGUAGCACGUAUCUGUCUCUGGCUGUCAGCGCCGUCACAGCAACGGCCGUCUCCGUGCUGUCCAGCUCUAAAGGCAAGAUCAACUUGGUGCACAUUCAGAGCUCCAUAUUGGCCGGCGGCAUCACUGUUGGAGCCGUCGUGACCUCGGCUCCUGCUCCCUGGAUCGCCAUGACGAUCGGCUUGUGCGCUACUCUUUUGUCAACUCUAGGACUUCGAUAUUUGAAGGACCAUAUGCUAUUUGCUUUUGAUUGCCACGAUACCGUCGGUGUCCUGAGUGUUCAUGCAGUGCCGGGAAUUCUGGGAUGGUCUGCUCAACUCAUCUUGCGACUGGCGACUUUCAGCAACAGCACAAUUGCUGUCCGGUUUGCGGUGCAUCACAUCUGUAUUUUGCUCAUUACAGUCUGUGUGAGUCUGGUGAUGGGUGUUAUCACAGGACUGCUUUUGAAAUGGAGCUUCUGGAAACCUCCGCAGGAGAAUAAGUACUAUGAUGACCAGGCCUUCUGGGAGUUCCCACAUCUGCUGGUGCACAAGUGAGACCAGUGUCGAUGACCCUAAGGAAACAUUGUAAAAAUAUAAGGACUUGUGUAUGCGUUUUCUGUUUAUGAUUUAUCUUGUGUAUGUGUGUGUGUGUGUGUGUGUGUGUGUGUGUGCACUGAAAUAAACAUUCAACCAUGCUCAGUA